CUGUCACAGCUGAGAAGGAAGGAGAUGGACGAGUGAGUUGUUGUGGUCGAUAGUGUUGCUGUUAGCAGAAGAUAUACUGCUGUUUAGUACCAUAUUGAUUCACAGGAACGUUAUCUUAAUACUAUUCCGUAUACGUUACUUUGAUUGAUUGAGUAUCAUCUGAAAUCGUAUAUAUUAACUGUAAAAAUCAGAUUUUAUAAUUUGUGAAACAUGUUCUUUGAAAAGUAUUACAAAGACGCAUUACUUAAAUAUAAAUUAAUAGUAUAAUUAACAACUGAAAGUUGAAACAAAAAAUAUUUAAGGAAUUUAGCUUAAGUUUUCCAUUGACACUAAAUAGUAAAUGACAAUAUUGUUUAAUGUGUGUAGAUACUUUUACUUAUUAUUACUAUAGGUACGGUAUUAAUACUGAACGAUUUUAGAAUAGUAGCAGCAUUAUUUUGUAUGUUACAAAUUCUAAGAGCAGUAUAGUAUGAUUAAUAAUUAUAUAGUUCAGUAACCUAAUAGUAAUACAGCAUAUAUAUAGUUUAGAGUAACUAUAUUUGUUACACUUAGUGUUGGGAAGUUUAAUAAUUACUUCACUUGUGAAUAACAUUAUUUGUUACUUAUGUUAACAACUUAGUUUAAUUUUACUUGAACAUUAAACUAGAUUUAAGACUAAAAUUAGGAAAAUCAUAUAGAGAGUUGCAUAAAAAAUUUUUUUCAGGUUUUGAAUUUUUCUUUUUUGUCAAAGUUACCAGGUGUUAUUCUCUUCUGAUAAAUAUAUACAUAUACAUACUUUGUGUACUUUUUACAAUGUUGGUUCAAAGUGUGCCAUAUUACUUGAACUGUAAGGUGAGUUGGCUAAGCUGUUGGUCAUGGUUGUUUAAAUUUAUUUUGAUACUGGUGCUCAUUGACUGUUUUGGAUCUUUUGUUAACUGUGAGUUCACUUAUGGCUAUGGAGUUCAAGAGUAUACACUUGCAUUGAUUAAUAUUACAUACACUCAUCCUUUGACUGGAAGGGUUCAUUCAGAAAAGAGUGAAAUGGGAAAAUUUAAUGGUAAAAUUGGUUCAGCAGAUGGAGUUGUAGUACAUGUUUCAAGUAAUAACCAUACUACCCAUGAUGGUUGUAAUCCAUUUGAUUCUGAUAUCACAUCUCGUGAACCAUGGAUUGCUUUGAUUGCACAUGGAAAUUGUAGAGAGACAAUUAAGCUACAAAAUGCUAUGGAAAGAAAUGCAUCAGCAGCAGUUAUUUAUACUACUGAAUUCAGCUCAUUUGGAAUCAAGUUGCAGCAUAAAGAUGGAACAUCAAUGAAACCCAAUGAAAUGGGCUACAUUAGACUUCUGCUUCAUGAAUUGAUUUACUUACCUGUGUUUGACCUGGUGUCUGUCUUGAUUAGUAAAGAAGAUGGCGAAAGAAUUGCUAACCUAGUGAACAACGGUACUAGAGUUGAAAUGCACAUCAGCAUUGGAACACCUAACACAUUUAGAUAUUCUAAUAUCAACCGUACUUCAGUUCUUUUUGUGUCAAUCUUUUUCAUAAUUCUGAUGAUCAUUUCUCUGUCCUGUCUUGUCUUCUACUACGUCCAGCAGUUCCGUUAUAUUAAUGCUAAAGAUAUUUUAUCUAAACGACUCUGUCAUGCAGCAAAUAAAGCUCUGGAUAAAAUACCUAUAAAAACUUUGAGAUCAGAAGAUCGGGAAGCCAAUGAGGAUUUUGAAUGCUGUGCUGUAUGUAUAGAAAUAUUCAAAGUAGCAGAAGUUGUGAGAACCCUUCCAUGCAAGCAUACAUUUCACAAGUCAUGUGUGGACCCUUGGCUUCUUGACCAAAGAUCUUGUCCAAUGUGUAAGAUGGAUAUUCUCAAAUACUAUGGACUUGUGUUUACAGGAAGCCAGGAAAGUGUGCUCAAUAUUGAUGAAAUAGACUUUUCCCACAUGCAAGAUGAAGAGGAAGACUUAGAAAGUAUUGAUGUUCCUGCUCUUCAACAACAACAUGUACCAAGCGAGCUGUAUUUACCAGAACGACAGGAAGUUAGGUCUCCUUGCCAUUCGAUAAGCUCAAACUUGGAGCUGACAUUGGAGGACUUUUCUUUGUAUAGUCAUGUACAGAGUCCUACUCAAUCCAUCUCUAAAGCCAGCAGUAACUCCUCCCCAGCUCCACCAUUCCAGAAGGACAGGAUUUUCAAGACUGAUGAAAAUCUGUUCUUACCUGUUAAACUUAUGGCUGGGUCUGCUGAACAGUGUGACCGUAGUAAUAAUAGUAGUAGUAGUAGUCAAGAUCCCUUAAUGGUGACACAGGAAAAGAAAGAAGUUCCAAAAGAGCCAGAGUUAGUUUAGUAUUUGUUAGGCAUUUUGAUUAUUUACAAACUUAAUGGUUUAAGAAAUGGUUUCUUUCAAGAUUAUACUGUGCCAACAAAGUCUAACUUACAGGAAAUUAAAUGUUAAGAAAUUGGUAUUAUAAAAGAUGAAGAGGGAGCAUAUACUUAAUAUAGAAAUGAUGGAGAACAUUAUCAUAUCAUUAAAUACCUGUUCAUAUCAUAUAACCUGGAGGAAAAAGCUAUUUUAGCAGUUUU